AAAUAAGGCAACGUGAAAGACUGCGCCAGAAUGCGAUCACUGCGAGACCGCAAGCACGUGUGAAAAUACAUCUAUCUCACAGUGUGUCUGCAUCGUGUAUCAAACCACCGAUUUUAAUCGUGAACUUUUUGUGAAUUAAUAACGUACUAACGAAAUAGGUCAGUUCUCAGCCCUUGCUUGUAUAUAAAUCAAGUUACAAUAAAAAACAACUCCAUGACAGUCUGUAACAGUUCGUUUUUUCCUAUAACAACAUGGCUCAAAAUUCAUCUGACAGUGUAGAUCAGAAUCAGUUUGAAAAGAAAUUUGAAGAUUUUAAAAAGAUUGCAUUGGAUGUCAUUACAAAUGGAUGUACAGCAUCUGAUGAAUUACCAUGUGAUAGAGAUUUUCACUACUACAAGUGUUACCCAACAUUUAAUGAAAUAAGGGAAAAGCACACUAAAAGAAUCUCCAAUAUUAUGCAAUGCAUCGUUAAACAAGCAGGAGUAGAUACAAAUAUUAUAUCAAACAACAUUAAUGAAAAAUAUAAUAUACUUUUAGAGUCAAAUGAUAUUUUGCUUAAUAGAGCGGAAGCUUAUAUGGAUAUAGAACAAAGCACUAGUCAAAAUACACCCACUAACUUUCUUGUUGUUGAGAGGCAAAUAUCAUACAAUGAGAAUAAUUUUUUAUCAAAAAAUGAUGAAAUUUCUUCAAAAACUCAUCCUGCAACGCAAACUUUAAGAUUAUUUACUUGUGAAAAUGUUCCAAAACCACAAUUCCAAUUUAAGGAUAAAAUUGAAAAUAGUUAUAGACCAUGGAAACCUAGGAUUAAAAAUAAACCAAAUUCAAUUACUCCCUUAGCUAUUCAUAAAGUACAGGGGGAAGAUGGAUUUGAAUAUUAUAGUCAUCCUUAUGAGUUUGAGUUAAAUCAAUUCAAACCACAUGAAAUACACUUGCAGAGGAGGCAACCAAUUAAAUGUAAAUCUAUUGAAGAAACUCCGCUAAUUAUUAUUAAUGAUACAGCAAGUCUUAGGGCCAUGGUAGAUAAUUUAAAAAUUUACAAUGAGAUUGCAAUUGAUUUUAAAGAGCACACUUAUAGAACUUUCCAAGGUAUCAUUUGCUUAAUGCAAAUAUCAACUUUUGAUACUGAUUAUGUAAUUGAUGCAUUAACUCUCAGAUCCGAAUUACACAUGUUAAAUGUUAUCUUUACCAAUACAAGCAUUCUUAAAGUAUUUCAUGGAUCUCAUUCAGAUAUUUGUUCAUUACAAAGAGAUUUAUCUCUUUAUGUUGUUAAUAUGUUUGAUACUCACUUAGCUGCAAAAGAUUUGCAACUUCCACUAUUUAACUUACCUUAUUUACUUGAUAUUUUUUGCAAUAUUAAUCCUGAUAGAUAUUUUCAAAUAGUUGAUUGGCGGGUAAGGCCCUUACCUGAGGAACUGACAAAAUAUGCCCAAAAAGACAUACAUUAUUUGCUGUACCUAAAAGAUAUCUUAAGAAAUGCUUUAAUUGAUAAAGAUAACGGCCUAGAUAGUAUAUUGAAAAAUGUAUUUACCAAUAGCACUAUUAGUUGUAAAAAAGUAUAUAAAAAAGAAGUUUAUACUGACAACAGUUACAUAAGAAUGUACAAAAAAAGUAGAAAAAAUUUUAAUAGCAAACAACUCAAUGUAUUAAAAGAAUUGCACAAAUGGAGAGAUGAAACUGCAAGAGAAGAAGAUGAAAGUUACCAUAUGGUUUUACCAGAUCAUAUGUUAAUAAAAAUUGCAGAGACUCUGCCAGAGAAUGAGCAUGGAAUCUUUGCAUGCUGUGAUAAAAUACCACCCCUUAUCAGACAAAAUGUAAUGAUAAUUCAUAAAUUAAUUUCAAAUGCAAGAGAUCAACCUUUUGAAACAACAGAUAAAUUAUUGAUGCAAAACAAUCAAUUAAAUGAUUCGAACUCAUGGAAUACAUCCUCCCCUGAUUUGAUAAGUGGAAUGACAAUUCAACAAAAUUUACCGUGUAUGCUAUCCAGUACUGCAUUUAACAAUUCAAAAACAGAGACGGAAAAAAAUUUACCAUUUUUCGUGAGUCCUGGUAAAAAAUAUAAACUGAUUCCGUCUACAGCAACAGAGGAAAGUGUACUAAUAGUCAAUCCAUUCUUUAAAAAAAAUGAGGAUAUUUCUACAGCCGAAACACAAGAAGAAACUCUACCUCCCAAUCAUUCUGCACUUAAUACAUCUAUCGAUGCACUUUUAAGUUCAACUGCAAGUUCUCAAUUAGAAAAACGGAAAGAAGAAGAAACUAGAAAUGAAGAAGUGACGGAAGGCAAAAUAAUUUAUAAGAAAAAAUCUGCAAGGUAUUUCAAUUACACAUUGGAUGAAAUUAAUGAAAUGCAUGAUAAACAUGAUUUUAAAGAUGAUAAAAAUAAGUCAAAUAAUCCUGGAGUCGAAUUUAAAAAACAAAUAAACUGGCUUGACAUAUGUAACAUGUCUGAAAAGCCAAUUACUAAAACUGAAUUAAGAAAAAAAAUGAUUGAAGGAAGUAAAGAGCAACGAUCGGUUAAAACACAAAAGAUGAAUGGAAACGAAACUUCGUCUCCCAGCUAUAUACCUAUUAGUAACAAAAAAGGCAAAAGUAUUCCAAAAGGAAAGAAAUUUCAAGAAAUGUUAUCUAUAAUUCGAAAUUCAGACGAACAAUCUGCCAAUUCAUCUCAAAAUUCAAAAAAUAAGAAAAAAAAAAAGAAAUUUUGGCGCAAAGGUAAAAUUCGAAUGAAUGUGAUGGAGUUUGAAACAUUAGGACAAAUGCAUGGUCGCAAACGUAGACGUCAAGUCAGUUUUGAUUGACGACUUAAGAUUGGAAGAAGAGACUGGCUUGGUUUUAGAAUUAUAUUCAAAAGCAUGAAAAAUUAAUAUUGGUAUUUUUUUAAUUGAUUUAAAUUAAAGGUGCCUUUAUAAUUUAGUAAAAAAUACCUUUCAUGUUAUAGAUAGAAAAAAUUUUAAAAUUGUUAAGUUCAUCAAUAGCGCUGAAGUAUACCAUGAUUAUUGUUAUUGUAAAAUAAAAAGGGAAAUUCGAAAAGUUUUCAUGAUUUGUUUUCCAAUUUUUUAAAUAAAAUGACAUGUGCUCGAAAAUGUAUAUGUUAUACUACACUUUUUUAUAUUUUCUCAAUUACCAUAGAGAAUUGUAUAGGGAUCAAAGAAUGUGUUAAAUCUGACUAGAAUAAAGAAUUAAAUAUUUGCUUUGAUUCUAAAAAGUAACAGAGAUGAGAUUUAGUAAAAAUAAAGGAGCGAUAAUAAUUUUUAUCAAAAUUAUGAAUAUUUUUUCUUGAUGUUCCAAUGACAUUAAGAUGAAAGUAAAUGUUUCUGCGUCCCAAACAAAAUUCGGCUCGACAAAUAAUUAUAAAUGAUCUGAGACUUUCCAGUUUUUUGCUCUCUAGGCAAGUAAUCGACUAUUUAACUCUAAUUACGGAAUAUAAUGUGAAUGAAUUUAUAAACAAAACUGACAACGAUGCAAUAGUGCGAUCGGACAUUCAACAAAAGAAAUCAUAAAUAUGUGGUUUGACGAUCCAUACUAAAAUUUUAUGUUUGAAUAAAUUAAAAAAAAACGUAGUAAAUAUUAUAAAAAAUAAAGCAAUUAAUUUGAUUAAAUUAUUACUCAUGAAUUCUUUUUGCGUGAGCGCUUUACUUAUCACCGAGACCAAAAUCAAAUUCCAUUGAAAAAAAGUUUUAUACUCCAAUAAAAUUUUCUCGCGAUACUAGUGCCUUUUCACGAUUGGAUUGCAUCUAUAAUUUAUGGAAGGUUGCAGGAUUUCCCAAAAUAACUGUUUUAAAUAUCAUAUCUCAUUCAACGAUUCAUAUAUUUCAUUUAUUAUUAAUUUCGUUUUAAUUUCAACGAAUAUAGCAGAUACAGACUAGGGUUUAUCGAUUUUUCUCGUCUCUUUAAAUGUCAACUUUUGGAUUUUAUAAUUUUCACGUUAUAUACACUGAAUAGUGAUACUUAUAAUACACAUACGAGUACUCGUUUUAAUAGUCUAAAUUUUGCCAUAAGGAUGUAGUGUAAUACAUAAUUAAAUACGCACUUGUAAUAUCUAUUAUAAAUAAAAUUAAAGCAACGGAAACACAAUAUUAAUUACAUUUUCUCUCGACUUUAACCAAUCGUAUUUUACUUUUCUGAAAAUUCAUGAAUUAUUUUGUUAAGUUUUCGUGUGUUUCCAUCGGCUUUGUACAUAAAGUUUCAUUUCUUAUACACAUCUAUCAUUUGAAGCGUGGUGAAAUAUCUUUCAAGAUACUCCCAUACGCUUGAAAAGAUAAAUUUUUUGCUCUCUUAGUUACCACAAUUUUGCACCUUCAUUAUUUUUGGACGGUUUGCGUUGUGACGAUGUCAGCCUGACAUAUAUGUGUGUAUAACGACGUAGCAAUUCCAAUUGACAAAAGCACGCCUCGACUUUCAGUAUAUUGACAUUAAAUAUCCAUGUAUCAUUUUUGUCUUAAAAGUUGUAUUGGGUAAAGUAUCGAAAAUAUAAUUAAGUUCUACAGUGCGAAAAAAAGUUACAAGUCUUUGGAAACAGAGCGCGCCGAAGAGGCAUCGAACGUGAAAAUCUCAGCUGUUUCGCUCAACUUCAUGCGCCGUACAGAAUAUUAUAUUUGUUCUGAUAUUUUAUGUUUAAAUAUAUUAUAUAUAUGUAUAUGUAUAAUCGGUUGGUACAUUUUACAAAAUCAAUUAAAACUACUUUUACAAUAAUAGCUCUAUGAUAAUGUUAAUCAUUAUUUAUAAAAAAAAAGUAGUAAGUAGCACACUGUCAUCAUCUGGACUAGCGACCUUGUAAUUCUUCGUAACUAUUAUGUAUAUCGCAGUGAUCGUGUACAGCGUCGAAAUGUGAAUAGCAUGCUUCAUGAGCUAUUUGCCGAAUUACAUAAUUUUCAUUUUUAAAUUUAUUAAUUUGAUCGAUGCUUUUGGAAUCGCGCGUAAAAUUUCUCGUGCUUUUCCUGAACUUAUACAGAUCAUCAAAUAAAAAAAAAAUAUAUAAUAGGAAUCCAUUAUUGAGUCGAAUCUAAAGCAUAUUCAUUUAUUUUUAUUUCAGUUUGAAAAAUGAUGUAAACAAACAGUAAUUUUCAUGCACUUCACCUCGUCAUUGAUUUGCUCGUUUGUAUAAAAAUCAUGAUGAUUUACAAAAAUCGAGAUGUGGGCCAGCCACAAAAAGCGUGCGCCGGUAGCCAUUAGAAGAUGAUGCAUUGCAUAAAAUUCAUGAAAAGCUUCGAGUAAAAGGUAUAAUUUCUGAUUUUUAAAUUACUUCUAAUCUAUUUCUAAUUAUAUACAUUCACGACCGCCUUUACGUGAAACCGACGUAAUGGUAGUUUAAUUAAUUUAAGAUCAAAUGAUACUUUUUUCAAACUAAAACACCAUUAUAACAAAUUUCAAAUUACACUUUCAAAAUUUUCGUAUUUAAGAGUUGAAUGUGAAUUUGUUUACAGUUUUUCACACUUGCUGAAACGCAAAAUUAGUACAUUUUUUAAAACAAUUUUUUGCUAAAAUAAUACUGUACCAGGCCAGGUAAAAAUGUACUUUCAGAAAAAAAAUCAACUUCCAGAGUAUCGGUAUUGGUCACAGUCAUUAAAAUGAUAAAAAUAUGAUUACAUUAUUCCGUGAAUCGACGGUUAAUAAAUUAAGUGUCAUAGUAAACAAUAGGAUCAUAUUUAAAAUCAAAAGUAUACUUUUCCGAUACUCUAAAAGAUGAAAUCAAAAAUCAUUUUUAUCUACCAAAAGGGUAGAAUUCAUUCAGACG